CACUUAAAUUCGAUUUUGCGGCCCGCUCAUGACGUUUACUCAUGUUCCAGAAGGCAUUCUCUAAAACUGUCAUCAAACGUCGUCGUCACGCAUCCUGACGUUUCAUCCACACAUCAUGCAUCGAAAUGAAUUGAUUAAAAUCGAGCCACCGUCGGUUUUGUCUUUUUAUUUGUUGUUGACGUUAUUUAUUUGUUUUUUUUUAUUUUGACGUUGUCAAGAUGUCUCCAAUGAAUUUAUCUACAAAAAUUUGUAAGUUUUCCAAUCGCAUCGCGUUUCAAGCAACUUCUAAAUCUCUCUUUUCGCUUCAUCCUGCAUUUUUUUAAGAAAUUUGCUCUAAUCGAAUGAUGUUUUCUGCGCUAGAUGAAAUGGGCGAGGUUAAAUUUGAUAAAUCCGCAGAGAGCGAAUCGACAGCGGUAGCGUCCAACAUGCUCAACGACAUCUUGGAAUCAGCCAUGGACAUUGCAAUCAACAAAAGCAUGGAAUCGCAGAAAAUGAACAUAAUCGAUGAGCUUCAAGAUGAGUAUCCGGAGAACUGUUCCGAAAUCAAGGACAUCAUCGAGGGUCUGAGCAAGAUCAACAUCGGCAAUUUGGUGACGAAGACGAACGCCGAGGAACCGGUCAGUCUGGACGUGGAGAUGAAGAGGUUGCUCAACGAGAUGAUGUCGCCGCCGUUCGAGAUCGUAAACUACGAGAGUUUGCCGAGGAAGGACGGAGUCGGUGAUCAACCAACAUCGCCGUUACCAUCAUCUCAGCAGCAGCAGGCCGAGAGGGAGAUCCCGACGCCUCCGCCGCAACCGAUCAAACAGGAUACAGCAAAGGCUGUGGAGAAAAAGUCCCGGGUAACCGAUCUGGUGAUGAACUCGAAGAAGGUGCUGAACAAUCUGCUCGAUGAGGAGGGCAGGAAGCGGCUCGAGGAAUGGGAGGAGAACAACGAGCACGUGAUUCAGGUGAUCGAGCUGCAGGAGACGAGGGCAGAGAAGGACAAUUCCGUUGAUCAUCCGGAGAACGUCCCGUUGCCACACGACGAGGAUGACGAGGAGGAUUCGAUUCUUAGGCGACACCCGGACGAGGAGCUGAUGGAUUCGAUCCAGUUGAACGCGCCGUCGCCGCUGGAGAAGGCGGGAGAGGGUGACGUCUCCGGCGGUUCGAACAUCUCCAAGCUGAACGCGACGCCCAGCCAAGACACCAAGAAGAAGAAGUGGCACUUUAGCUUCAAGUUCUUUGGAUUCCGCAAGAACAGAGGCAAGCAGCAGCAGCAAACGCUUCUCGAGAAGAAGUAGUUUAACCAGUCUCGCCGCUCUUUAUAACCGCCGGUUCUCAUCCCACCACCAACCUUUCUUAUAUACAUACAUAUAUCUAUACAUACACAUAUAUAUAAACUUUUGUAAAUUUUUAUUUUUGCUCGAUUUUCUCGUGCGAUGUCGCUCGCUCUCCGUCGACGCCGCCUUCGAUUCACUCUUUUUCCGUGCUGCUGAAGCACCGAAAUUCGCGCUCGUUCUUCUAUUUCCGUCCAUUGACACACAAACGGCUCGAACGAAAACAAAUAUAAGAUUGUCUAUUUUUAGAGGACUCUACUUACUUACCAUCAUCGCCGUUCUGUGUUAUUCCUUCAUCGUUUUAGCAAUGUAACCCGAAGCUAGGCCACGAUUGUAUUUUUGUUGUAUAUGCAUAUUUCCAUUGUACUCGCACUCUUUGUGCACUCGUCCAUAGUUUAAACUAUGAAAACCAUUAUCGAUCGCUAACUAAUA